UCAGGCGACCCUCUUCUUUCACAAUUUGCUUUGCUACUACCCUCCGUCAAAGUCUUGCACUAAACCCUCUCUCUCUCUCUGUGCGACCCAGAAGCCUUGCAAUUUUCGCAGCCAUGGCGAGCACCAAAGUUCAGAGGAUCAUGACCCAGCCCAUUAACUUGAUUUUCAGGUUCCUCCAGAGUAAAGCUCGAAUUCAGAUUUGGCUCUUUGAACAGAAAGACGUCAGGAUUGAAGGCCGAAUCAUUGGUUUUGAUGAGUACAUGAAUUUGGUUCUAGAUGAUGCUGAAGAAGUGAGCAUCAAGAAGAAUACCAGAAAGACACUAGGAAGGAUUCUUCUUAAAGGAGAUAACAUAACUCUCAUGAUGAACACGGGGAAAUGAUGAUUGAUCUGAGAAAUGAUUAUCAACAUCCUGAAUUUGAUGGAGAUCAAGCUAUUUGGACUUUAUUCUGUAGUAACAUGUAUUUUGGAUGCCAAUCGUCUGUAGUAGUGAUUGUAUUGAUGACCUCAAUGGAUAACUGAUAUCUCUCAUGCAGAAUUACUUUUGAUAUAAUAUGAUGGUCCUUGGCAGGUGAUUUGCAUAAAAA